AUGCUCAACAGUGUUUCCCUCGAAUUUUAUGAAUGUUUGAUUUGUUCCGAGAUUGUGUUGGAUAACAGAGAAUGUAAAUCGUGUCAUAAAUUGUUCUGUUAUGAUUGUAUACAUAAAUGGCUUAAAGGACAUAACAAUUGUCCACAUUGUAGUGCAUCCCCUGUUCAAUGUAAUGAUAAGCAGGAUUUUAGCAGUUUUAUUCAUAAUUAUCAUGCGGAAUUGAUUGCAAAUUCUUUAGAGGUUGAAUGUCCUAAUGGUGCUGAUUGUGAUUUGAAGAAAAUUCCGAGAGGUGAUUUGAAGAAGCAUUUGGAUCAGUUUUGUACAGGAAGAAAGUGUGCUUGUAAGAUGGGGAAAUUUGGUUGUGGAUGGUUUGGAUUAUCAAAAUUGAUGGAUGAACACUUGUCUCAUGAUUGCAUAUUUGCAAACCCUAUGGUUGUUAAGGCAUUGGAAGAUUUGGAAACAAAAGUUAAUUCUCUAACAAGUGAAAAUCAAAAGCUUAAAGAAGAAAAUGAAAAGAUAUCAAAACGAGUUAAGGAAUUGGAAGAAGGUGGAAGUAUUUUCGGAAGAAAUGAACCAACUGCUCCAAGUAAUGAUAACAAUAAUUCAAUGGUAAAUCAAUUCAAUCAGAAUGUGCCAGGUUAUUCGACACCUUCCACUCCAAUGCCAACUCCACAACCAAUGACUCCAACAACAUUUAACCAACAACCUCCUCCUCAAAUGAAUCAAUCCAUGUACGGAUCAUCAGUACAACCAUUGAAUCAAUCCAUGUACACAAGUUAUAGUAUGCCAUAUGCAUCCACAAGCUUACAAUCACCAACCUAUGGUUCAGUUAAUGUGAAGAGAGUGAGACUGGUUGUAACAACCUGUAUUUGGAACCGUUUGCCUGGUAUUCGUGGUGAAGCUUAUCUUCCUCUCACAGAUGGUUACGAUAAUACUUUUGAAUUCAAUGUGAAUGAAUUUAAUAAUGGAGAAAUUUCAAAUUAUAGCCCACUUGUUUCCACUUCAGGAAAUUGGACAAGUGGAGCCAUGAAGCUUAAUAUUACUUGGACUCAAUUGAAUAGAUCAAUAAUUAUAGAUGGUAUGGCUGGAUUUUGCGCUCCAGGUGCAACCAAUUUACUAUUGAACUUUGCUGUGAAAUCCACUGGAUUGGGAGGAAGAGGAAAUAUUGGUGAUGGAGGAAAGAUUCAUUGUACAGUAAUAGUAAAUUAG